AUGAGUAAGGAUAAUACCAAGAGAAGUAUAGAUUUUAGAAGUACUUAUAAUAAAAAUAAUAAAAGAACAAAAGUUGAAGAUGACGAUGAAGAUGAAAAAAAAGAAGGAAAUAUAAGAAACAUUAUUAAAUUAUUAAAUAAUUAUUGUAAUCAUGAUGAUAGCUUAGAAGAUAUGAGUGAUUAUAUGGUGAGUUCGUAUAAGAACUUUUUAAUUGAAUGUAUAUAUAAAGAAAUAAAAAGUAUAAAUGAAGAAAAAGAUGAAAGAAAUGAUAAAAGAGAUGAUAUUAUAGAAUUAAUAAGGACUUGUUUAAAAAUAAUAAAAAAUAAUCACGAGGAGUUUAAAUAUUCAAAUAUAUAUUUUGUUUGUAUUAAUACUUUAUUUUUAUUAUUAAAUAAUAUAACUCAAAAUAAUAAUUAUCAUAAUAAUUAUUAUCAUAAUAAUUAUAAUGAUGUAAUAAAUUGUAUGAUAUAUUCAUGCUUUGACAUAUUCUUUAAUUUAAUAUCAACAAAUAAUUGGACAAGGAAAAAUUUGCACAUACAAAUUUUUUCAAAACUUAAUUUUAUACAUUUCUUUAUCAUAUCAAAUAUAUUCAAAGCAAUAUUAAUUCAAGUAAAUAAUACUAUUUAUAUGUUACCCUUUAAUCAUUAUAUUAAUAUGAUAAUCAAAAAUAUAAAUAUAUUUGAACUUGAUGAUAAUAUUAUUGGGAAAAAAAAUAAAAAAGAAAAACAUCACGAAAAGAAAGAUGAUCUUUUUAAUACAGAAGAUAGUAAUAUAUUUAUAACAUCGCUAAAAAAUAGAAAUAAUAUCUUACAAAAACAAAGUGAUCCUAUAUAUGAUAGUAAUCUAUUUCAUUGUAACGAUGUGUCAUCUGAUGAUCAUAUGAAUGAUUAUUUUAGGACAUAUACAAAUUUUAAAAGGACUAGUACAUAUAUAAUAAAAGAAAAAAAAAAAAAAGUGGAUAAUAGUAAUCAGAAUAAUAUAGGUGAUAUAAAUAAUAUGUAUAUUAUUAAUAAUGUAUAUAAUAAUUAUAGUGUGAUGUUAAAAAAUUAUGAUAUAUCAUAUACUCAUCAAAUAUAUUAUGAUAUUCUUUUUAAAAUAUAUAGUACAAUUAUUAAUUUAAUUAUUAACAACGAUUUAACCAUUUAUAUUAUAAAAGAAUGUGUAAGUAUAAUAUUACAAAUGUAUGAUAUAUCAAAAAAACAACAUCAAAUUAUUUUUGACAUCCUAACAGUUUAUAAAUUUUAUAUUAAGAAUAAACAAAACAUGUUAGAAAGAUAUAUUAUUUUUAUUUUCUAUUUAAUCAAUGCAAUACAUGAUGAAGAAAAGAAAAGGGAUCUUUCUAAAUUAAUAAAACCAUCGAAUAUGUAUUUUUAUUUAUUGCAUGCCGAAUGUUCAGAAAUAAGAAUAUGUGUAAAAGAAUAUUUAUUGUUACACGGUGUUUAUAAUAAAAACAAAGAAAAAGAAAUUAUACCAUCACGUGAUAAUAAUUAUAAUAAUAAAUAUAAUAAUAAUAAAUAUAAUAAUAAAUAUAAUAAUUAUAAUUAUUUGUUAGAUCUCCUUUUUGAAUAUUCAUUCAACCAAUCGCAUACAUGUAAUAUGACAAAUAUAUCGAACGAAUCCAAUAUUAGUAUACAAUUUGUAAAAGCUAUACAUUUAAUUUUUUUUCAUUUCAAAUAUAUUAUAGACAUACAUAAAUCACCUAAUGUACAAAAUGACGAACUUAUUCAACAAUAUGAUUUAUUUUUUAAAGACCUAGGUACCGACCCAGUGUUUAAGAAUUAUUUAGAGAACGAUAUAAAAAUGAAAAAAGAAAAAAUAUUUUAUAAAUGUAAUAGUAUAAUAAGUUCGGACAAAUAUAUAAUUAUAAAAAAUAAUAUAAUACAAAUAGAAAACCUUAUUAAAAGCAUUGAUGUUUAUAUGAAUUUAUUAAAUGGUCAUAAUAUUAAGUAUGUAUCAUUAUGUAUAAUAUAUUUUAUUUUCUUUUUUAUAAAAAUAUUGAAAUAUAUUAAUAAAAUAUACAAUGAAGAUAUUCAAGGCAAUUUUUCAAAAAAAAACUUUUUUUUUAUUAUAAAAAAUUUAUUUAUACAAUCUAUAUAUGUUUUUGAAAUAUUAAUACAGAGGAAAACAUGGCUUCAAAUAAAUAACCUUUUGAUAUAUAUUAUAAAAUCACAUGGAAAAAAAAAAAAUGAAAACAAAAGAUUACACACAUUUUAUAAGUAUAAUAUAAUUAAUAAAAAAUAUAUUAUUAAUUAUUUAAAGAAUAUUAGUACAUUUGAUGAAUCAAAUGAACAACCUCUUAAUAUAUUAAUAAAAAAAUUAUAUCUAACGAUUAUAAACUUUUUAAUUCCAUUAGGAUAUAAAAAUAAAAUACAAUCAAAUGUUUUAUCUCGACAUAUAAUCGAUGAUAGUAAUAAUAAUAAUAAUAAUAAUAAUAAUAAUAAUGAUGAUGAAGAUAAUCUUGAUGAUGAAGAUAAUCUUGAUGAUGAAGAUAAUCUUGAUGAUGAAGAUAAUCUUGAUGAUGAAGAUAAUCUUGAUGAUGAAGAUAAUCUUGAUGAUGAAGAUAAUCUUGAUGAUGUUGGUGAUGGUGAUGAGAUGAAUAUUAUGAACAAAGGUAUAAAAACAAAAUGGCCCUUUUUUAAUAUUUCAAAUUUUUAUUUUUUUAACAAGCUAUUAUUAAAUAUAUUAUAUUUUUUCUAUCAAAAUAAUAUGGGUGAAAAUUUUAUGGGUAUAUUUUUUUUUGACUCUAUAUUUAAAAGAAUUAAAGAAAGAAUAAUACUUGAAGAACCAGAUAUUUUCAUAUUAUUAAAAAAGCAAAAAAUUCAUUUUAAUGAAGUUGAAUAUGAUAAUACCAAUAUAGUUUUAAAAUAUAAAAAAUAUAUUUCGUAUGAAUUGUCUUCAUAUAUAUCUUUUUGUUUAUAUUUCUUAAAAAAAAUUAUUUUAAAUAAUGAUAAAUUAUAUGACUUAUUGAAUUGUACUAAAUAUAAAAAGCGUAUUAUAAAUUUAUGUAAACUUCAAUUAUGUCUAUAUGAAUUUUUCUUACCUACAAAAUCUACAAAUAAUGGUUUCUCCUUAUCCCUUCUUGUUCUAUAUCACAUAUAUGUGAAGAUAUAUAAUAAUAAAAAUAUGGAUAGGAAGAUGGUUCAUCUUAUUUUACGUCUAAUAUUUUACGCCACACAUAAAUCAUUGAAUACGAUGGAGAGAGAUAACAUAAUUAUAUAUAAGAAUGAUAGGAAUGGGGAACGCACAAUGGAAAAAAAAAAUAAAAUACAUAAUAAUAAUAUUUGUAAUUUUUGUAAUAAUUGUAAUAAUUUUAAUUCUACACAUUUAAAAACACGUUUUUGUCCGAAAGAAAAUAAUGAUAAACUAUUUAUUAUUAACAAAAAUUUUCAAAAGCCCUUUGAAGAGUAUUAUUUGAAUAUUUCCUUACAUGUAUUCAUAACAGGAUUGAACGUGUUAACAAAUAUUACUAAAUUAAUAAUCUUAAAAUAUGAUAUAGAUUAUAAAAAUAAUAUAAUAAUUAAAGGUUCAAAUAUUCUGAACAAACAAAAAAAAAACAAAAAAAAAAGGAGUAGCAUUAUCACGGUUUAUUAUAGGUACUUGUAUAAACUAUAUAAUGUUCUUAUCAAAAAAACGAAAGAUGAUUUUUUCUACAGUACAAAAAAAUAUGUAUUACAAUAUAUUAAGCAUUUUAUUAUAUUAAAUACCGUUUUAAUUUUGAAGUAUAAAUUUAGGAAUUAUAUCAAUUUUAAAAAAAUUCUGAGUUUUUGUCUCUAUAACCUUUACACUGACUAUGACGUGAGUGUUUUUUCGAUAAUUUAUUCUAUAGCCUUUUCUUUGAAGAGUUAUAUAAAUUUAUGUUCAUCAAAAAUUAAAAAUUCAAAUCGUUAUUUGGAAAGGGUUGAUGAUUUGUUAUUUAAGGUUGUGGAGGAGUACAAAAGUUAUGACAUACCAGAAACAAAUUUGUGGGAGGAAUAUAUUUCAAAGUAUGUAAGUUUUGAGACCCUGAAGCAUACAUACGUAGACUGUCCCGGAGAAUGA